UUGGAUAAUUAAGCUAAUUAAUCAAUUAAUUAAGGGAAGGAGUAGGUUCUAAUCAGCAAUCACCUUUUUGUUGAAAGUUUUAAAAUUGUUGAGAAAAGGCUGAAUAUAAUUGUUAAUAUUAAAAGGUUACCAUUAUCAAUAAUCCACUCCUAUUGGAACAAAUCAUAUAGUUAAUGAUUUAACUAAUAUUUACUUGAUUUACCUUUCAUUACUUGGUAAAAAUUUAAAGAUGGCAGUGUUUUCAAUAUUCUUGUUACUACUCUCACGGUUUAAAUCUUUAAUUGAGUAUUCUCUAAUACUACUACAUUUUAAAUUAAAAACACUAAAUUGAUAUAUAUCCUAAACAAAAUUGUCCAAUGCAUGCACUUAUGCUAGAUUUGAGGCUCCUCCAAGAACAUAAAUAUUAGAUUUUUUUUAGUUUAGUUGAAGACACUACAACAAGAAGAUAAACAAAUGGAUAAUUAUUAUUAAUUGAUUUGAAGUAAGACUAUUAUCUAAUUUUAAAUAUAUAGCGUUUUUAAUAUCCGAUCGUGGGUUGGUGGCGAGAGGCGAAAUUUAAAAGUAAUUAAGUUUCAACAAUAGUAUUAAAGUUCAAAAGAUAUUUUUAUCUAUAUUAUCAUUUCAUAAAAUUUAAAAGAUAACAAUAAAACUUUUGUAUUUUGGUACUGCUAUAUAUUAAGCAUAUUAAUUAAUAAUCCAAGAAAAGUAAUUAAAAAAAGUGUUGAAUGCAUAACCAGAUGACCUCACGUUAAAACAAGAAUAGUACUCAUUUUAUUUUAUGAUUAUAAAACUAAGACGUCAUUUAACAACAUACUCAUUGUUUUGUAAUUAUCAUCAAUUCAGAAUAUUUAGCUAAAUGACCAAUAAUUUAGUACUCCUCCUAUAUAAACAAUAAUUUUCCUUCCCUAGUUUGUCCUUAUUCAUGCACCAAAUACAACAAUUUUUUAGCAUGUGUGUGUGUGUGUGUGUUUGUUUUGGCACAUUGGUGAAACACACACAAAAAGAAACAAGAAUUACAUACCAAAAGAUAGAAAAGCAGCAUUGCAUCCGUAACGUCCAAUCCUCCAUAUCAAAACAACAAAAAUUCACAAAACAAAACCUAUUCCUCAUAGAAAUCUUUAUGCAUGCAAGGUGUUGAUUCCAAAUGCGCCUUAAAUUGGGGGUAGAGAUAGACAAUAAUGGUUAAAGAAAUGGAGGAAGCUGCAGAAGAUCAAGCAGAGGCUUCGAGAUCGUCGAAGCUAUGGCGGUUCAGGGGCAUGCUCGUGAGCAGCGCCAGCAAGUUCCGACGAAACCUCAACGACAACAACAAUAACAUAAACAAUGGAUCCGAUGAGGCUGCCCCCGCCCCAACCUUGCCCCAAGAUCCUCCUCCCCCUCUUGUCCAGCCCAGGCCAGGUUGCCUUCUCAGCAGGACCGAGAACGUCAAGGCCCGUGGCAGUAAAAUCGCCCCCUCCCUUGACCCCUCCCCCGCCCCUGCCAAAGAGGUACCCCCUCCUGUCAGGAAGAUACCUACAGGCAAGAACUCUGUCUCAUCAAGUUUGAAAACAGAAUACUUAUUAAAUCAUGAAAUUUCCAAUUUUUUUGGUAAUGAUCAAAACAACAUUGUUUUAUUGCCGUUCUGAGCAUAGCUGAAAGACAUCAUUUUAUGUUAUGUGAUUUAAUAUACAUGUCGUUAUCAAAUCUUACGAGACAUACCAGAAUUUGACCGACUUUGAAUCGUCACUGCCUUUCAAUUUCUUAGCAAUGAUGGCUUUGUGUUAUGUUAUAGAUAUGGAUAUGAUGAAGGAGAAGUUUGCAAAGUUGCUACUAGGCGAGGACAUGUCAGGUAGAGGGAACGGAGUAUCAUCGGCUUUGGCAUUGUCGAAUGCAAUCACAAACUUAGCAGCUUCUGCGUAUGGAGAAAUGAAGAAAUUGGAGCCGAUGGCGCCCGACACCAAAGUAAAGUGGAAGAAAGAGAUAGAUUGGCUUCUCUCUGUAACUGAUUCCAUAGUCGAGUUCGUUGCGGUCACACAAAACAACAAGGAUGGAACCACCUUUGAGGUCAUGGCGACGAAGCCGAGAAGCGACCUGCACGUGAACAUUCCUGCCCUGCGCAAGCUUGACACGAUGCUUCUUGACUGUCUGGACAACUUCAAGGAGCCACACGAGUUUUACUACGGAUCAAAGGACGGUGACAAAGGCGAAAAGACCCAGAGAAGCGACGACAAAUGGUGGAUUCCUGUGCCUAGGGUGCCCCCGAAUGGGCUGUCCGAGACCAACAGAAAAUGGCUGCAGCAUCAGAAGGACUCAGUGAACCAAGUGCUGAAAGCAGCCAUGGCUAUCAAUGGUCAGGUCCUCAAUGAAAUGGAGAUCCCAGAUGCCUACAUCGAUGCUCUCCCUAAGAAUGGGAGAGUAAGUCUUGGAGAUGCGAUAUACAAGACGAUCACAGAGGACUUCUUUGAUCCGGACUGCUUGCUGUCUUCGUUGGACUUGUCAUCGGAGCAUAAGAUAGUCGAACUCAAGAACAAGAUCGAGGCAUCUAUCGUGAUCUGGAAGAGGAAGAUGAAUUCCAAAGACAACAAAGCUCCGUGGGGUUCGGUCGUGAGCACAGAGAAGAGGGAGAUUCUAGAAGAUAGAGCAGAAACAGUGUUGCUGAUCCUCAAGCAUCGGUUCCCCGGUAUCCCUCAGUCUGAUCUAGAUAUCAGCAAAAUCGAAACCAACAAGGAUGUGGGGCACGCAGUUCUUGAGAGCUACUCGAGGAUCUUGGAGACGUUAGCAUACACCGUCUUGUCUAGAAUAGAGGACGUGAUGAGCGCUGACGCUCAAGCAAGGGGCUCUGCGACUGCAGAGAAGACGAAGUCCAUAAAGGUAUCUGACAAAGUUGCAGUCGCUAUGGAGGAAACGGAGAGCGAGACGCAGCAGCGGGAGACAGAAGGGAAGACAGCUAACGACAAGAAUGCAGAUGCAUAGACCUUCACCAAACAAGAAAACCUCACCCCGAGCAAGAAGUUGUCCUACAUAGAGAGGCUAGAGGUCCUAGGGGGCACGAGAAGCCCAACAGCACGCCACUAACAUGAUAUGCAGCUAUAGUUCACAUAACUCAACAGGUGAUGGAUGGACGGAUGGAUGAAUGUAUGUACAGAAAUGACAAAAAUCAUAGAGUUUAACAAGAUCAAAAAGCUCUACUUUGCUAACAAAAAGCAAUGGUAGAUUAAUUGGAUUUUAUGUACAUUUAGAUUAGAUGUCUAAGGAGUCAAAUUAACGACUCAUGUUUAUGAACUGCACGGCCGUAGCUGGCUGCAGUCCGAGUGUUCUAAUAGUCUGCAGAGGGAAAAAUUAGUUAUGUGAUUGAACAAUGUAACCAGAAGCC